AUGACUUCUAACCAAAAUUUGUGUCAAUCACCUAUAAUCGAUAGUCGCUUUUUGAAAAAUGAUCUGGAAAAUAUAUUUGAGUUUGAAGAAGAAAAUGGACAAAAAAAGCAUUUUGAAGAGGACUGUAAAGCUAUUGAGGAUGUUGGAAGAAUAAAGGUGAAUGUCUUCGAAGCCAUUGCACAUUAUCCAGAUCGAAUCAGACAGUCAAGCAGAAUAGCUGCAAGUAUGCCAACAUCACAAGCCAGCGUUGAAAGAUUAUUUUCAGCUUUGAAAUUAAUACUAAGUGAUAACAGACAAUCGAUGAAAGAAGAUUUGCUUUCCGCUAUUUUGUUUAUUAGAAUGAAUGAUUGA